AUGGCUACAACCCUUUUGAUGAUAUAUUUAGAAGUAGUAACCAGAAUCAGGUCCUUAUCCACAUCUGUAAUUAUGUUUACCGGUCAUGUGGUUGAGUCCUCCUCAACCUUAGAAUGGCCAGAACCAUGUCGCCGGCUUACCUUUCCAGAGAUUCAGCAAGCAACCCAAAACUUCGAUGAGUCAUUGGUGAUCGGCCAUGGUGGGUUUGGAAAAGUUUACAGAGGAACCAUCAUUAGUGAGGCAAGGCUUUUAGUUGUUGCCAUCAAGAGGUUAGAUUCAACUUCUAACCAAGGAGACGUAGAGUUUUGGGCAGAAGUUGAGAUGCUUUCUAAGUUAAGGCACUGUCACUUGGUGUCUUUGAUUGGUUAUUGCACUGAUGGGACUGAAAGAAUCCUUGUUUAUGAUUAUAUGCCCCAUGGAACCCUUGAAGAUCAUCUCCACAAAUUUCAAACUCCUCUACCUUGGAUGCUACGACUCAAUAUAUGCAUAGGGGCAGCUCGUGGAUCCUUGUUUCCUUACACAUAUAUGAUUGCUUCCUCUGCUUUUAUUCCUGUAAACUAG